AGCUACUUUGUAUACUUCAUUUCGUCUAUUUUGAGUUUAAUCGGCGGCGGCGGCGGCGGCGGCGGCGGCGAGUUCAUCCAAAACGCCCAAACUAAUCUUCCAUUUUUCUUUCCUUUUGUCUUUUUGUCCACCACCUAUUGUUUUCUACUUCGAAUUCAAUCAAACCCAUUACGGCAUUAUCCAAAUCCCCUGUUCUCAACUCCACCAUUGCUUCCUCUGUGCCUCUGUUUUUUGAUACUUUGUAGUCGAAUUCGAAGAUUCCACGAAGUUGGGUCAGAUUAGAUUCGGGGGUUUAUCGGUUUUCUUAUAUUCUCAGUGGGUUGAAUCUUCUUUUGACUUAUUUUCCUUCCGUUUCUGUUGGGGUCAAACCAUUUUUGUGUGUUUGGCUUCUUAAAGUGUAUAACCUAUUUCUUCUGCUUUUCCCUUUUUCGUUUCUGUUUGUUGGUUGAGGAGCUUGUGUGCUGGCCGCCAUGGGAGGAGCAGUCGGUUCUGAGUUUCAGGAUUGGGAGUUACUGCUCCAUGAUUCGAUCCCCGAAACUGCCUUGACUGCGGCUGAGUUUUCUGGAGAGAAAUCGACCCAUUUUGGUGGAAUUGAAGGUGAGUCCGGUUCCUAUAGCAUAAUCAAAUCCGACUACUUUUCUCUUGAUAAUCAGGGGCGGCGAGGGAAAACUGAACCUGAGCGUGAUCUUAGCGAAGAGGAGGAUUCAGUAGAAGCGAAUAAUCCUAGUUGGAUAGAUCCGAGUUCCGAUAAUAGGUAUGAUCGGGUAAAUUCGGGCGAAUUAUGGUCCGAUUCUAGUAGGAUUAGGUCGGAUGAGCGUAAAGUUAAUGAACUCAAUUCGAAGACUGAGUCUAGAAUCGCAGAAUUUCUGCAAGGUGAUAAGGAACUGAAUGGUAGUAUAGAGUCCCAUGAGGACAACAUCAGUGGUUCUGAUCCCAAUAUUGAACUAGCUUUUGAAGAAUUGGAUGAAAUUGGAGCCCAAAGCAAGGAUUUGAGCAAUUUCUGGUGUGAGUCUAGUGGGGAUUUUGAUCAAAGUGGCUCAAAAGUAGUGAAAUUGGAAGAAGGGAAAGAGCAGUUGGAAGAGAACAAGACUGUCCAAGUUGAAGAAACAAAAGUCAAUACAGAAUCUGGGAGUGAGGUUGGAGAAAAGAGGAAAGUAGUUUGGUGGAAGGUCCCGUUUGAGGUAUUUAACUACUGCUUGUUUAAGGCAAGCCCCGUCUGGUCAUUCUCUCUAGCAGCUGCUUUGAUGGGUUUCAUUAUUCUAGGAAGGAAGCUCUAUAAAAUGAAGAGAAAGAGCCAGAGCUUGCACUUGAAGGUUAUCUUGGAUGAGAAGAAGGGAUCUUCUCCAUUCAUGAGUCGAGCUGCUCGUCUCAACGAAGCCUUUUCGGUUGUGAGGCGUGUUUCAAUCAUCCGACCUGCUCUUCCUGCUGCUGGGAUAAACCCAUGGCCUGCAAUGAGCUUGAGUUGAGAAUGCUUCCCACAACUGAUAAUGCAGAUGAAGUUAAACCAAUAGUGUAUGUGUUCUCUGUCUAUGUAUAUAUACAUAAAGAAUGUAGUAUUCUACAGGUUCCCACCCGAUUUCUGUACCCAUACAACAUACUUUAAUUGAGGGUUUCUUUAGAGCUUUUAUUAUAUAACAUUCACUAUCUUUGUUUUUUACACAA